GCCUACAUGUGGUGGUAGUGGAUAUCAAUAAGGAGGAAACGGUAUCAGUUGUAGUGGUGGUUGAAGUAGAGGCCAAUGUUAUAGUACUAACUGUUGGACAUGUACAACUGCGUGUAUUGGUGACGGUUCUACAUUUUGCAGCUUUAGCAAUUACUUGCGAUGAUAAUAAAAGUAUUGAAGCAAUUAAAGAAACUAUCAAACAAGAGAUAAAGGAUAACUC